AAACAGAAUUAUCUUAAAUGCUAUAUUACCCGGAGAAGUUAUUAUACUUCAUUUAUCUUUGAGGUUUUAUUAUGUGGACCGAGAGCGCUUAAGAUCACUCAAAAAUGGUUAUUACAUACUAUUUACCUCACACAUGUUAUCAACAAGGUGCUUCGUUAUCAGCACCUCAUUAAAGAACACUCAUUAGCAUGGUAACUAAGUUACAUUCUGGAUGUAAAUAGGUAACUAGGCUAUCCACUACUUCCCGUUGUGGUAUAAUAGGCAUUCAAAGUCCAUUCCACCUGCAAAAAGCUUCAGGGAUCAAGUGAACUCGAUGGCUAACACGAUAGAAUUUCUCGUAAUGUUUAUCUCCUCUUGUAGCGGUCUCGGCUCUUUCCACACUUUUACUUAUCGCGAAAGAGUAUUUGCAGGCAAACCCUACCAGGUAUUAACUGGUGUAGACUGGCUAGGAUGUAUACAGGCUUGUCACGGAGAUUGCACUUCUUAUAAUUUCUACCUGAAGGAAGGAGUUUGUGAACUGCUGGUUGCUCAGACGGAGUGUGAUGGUGGCAGAGGUGGGAUGAGAUUUCAAGCGCAAGCUGUCUCUCAAAAACUGCGCGCGGCGCCGAGGGAAAUGAAAAUUGCCUCGAACAUCUCACCAAUAUCGUCAGUACUCACGUCACCGACAGAAACAAGUUUUACUGCAGGUGUAAUAAAUACUGUGGAAACUGCAGUACCGAUAACAGCGACAGCUAUUACAGCUACGACACUGUCAGCAACUAUUCCAGAACUAUCACCAACACCAGAAACCUCGACAAAAGCUAAAGCUGAAACAUCAACAUCCUCAAAGAAAAUUGCCUCGAGCAUCUCACCAAUAUCGUCAGUACUCACGUCACCGACAGAAACAAGUUUUACUGCAGGUGUAAUAAAUACUGUGGAAACUGCUUUACCGAUAACAGCGACAGCUAUUACAGCUACGACACUGUCAGCAACUAUUCCAGAACUAUCACCAACACCAGAAACCUCGACAAAAGCUAAAGCUGAAACACCAACAUCCUCCUCCUUCUCAACUUCGCCAUUAGCCACAUCUCACACAUCUACGUAUGAGCCCUCAACACCAUCAACAUCAGAACAAUUCGAAACAACACGCCCUACGACAGCAUCGUUACAAUCGUCAGCAUUACUUACGCAAAGUCCAGCGCCACACGUGACCGCCACGCCUCUGCAGCAGAUAGUGUGUCCGCUGACCGAUAUAAUAAAUAUUACAUGCAGCACGAAUACCAGCCACGUCGCCAGAUUUACCUGGCAUAAGUUCGACAGAGCACUUGUUGAAAAAACUAAUACCCCCUCACUGAUCAUUCGUUCCCCUGGGUAUGAGGACGCGGGGACAUAUCGCUGUGUAGUGAGCGAUGGUAUGACCGAGGGCUCCGCCGAUGCGAAUGUCACCAUCUUACAGGUUGGCGCCCCUGGAUGUGAUAGUAAAUAUCCUCAAUCGUGCAAAGCUUACAAAAACUUGGGAUUGUCUUUAGGAAAUAGAGUGUAUAUCAUUUCACCAGAUAACAGCACGGUGAUCAAUGUAUACUGUGACAUGACCACUGACGGAGGUGGAUGGACGCUUAUCGACAGGGCCAUCCUUUCCGGAAAAGAGCCGUCCGUUAGCUCAAGUAAGAGUAAAGACUGGACUGUCAUAUCACGUUACGAUGACAACUCAGUCCAUCUCUCCAUAAAAGGCUUGAAGGUUCUUAGAGAUCUGGACUACUUCCGACAGUUACGCUGGUACUGCAAGAUGGAAAGCGUGGGGAGAGUGCUGCAUAUCGCCACCGCCCUUAACGAGACGGGGGAUCACGUGGUCAGGCAAAUGACAGACACGGCAUCUUCACGACCGUCAGCUUGUGGUAGCUUCUACCGUCUCCCAGACGACACGUCAAUUAUCAGCACUAACUGCAUGAAGUGGGAUUCUGAUAAUAACCGCUGGAAAGGAAAUAACGAUGACGCACUAGUCAAGGAUAUAAUCCACAUGAAAGACGAUAGCGGGGUUAACCACAAACUUGGCAUGAUUAAAGGGAAUUUUUACUGUGACACGGACAAGAUCCCUGACAAUUUCAACAAUGCUUCCUGGGCAUUAUAUUACAGAUAGACGAUAGACUUUGCAUGUUAUUCUGUUCACAUGCGCCGCCAUGGGCUGCCCGUGGCAUGUAAAUACAAAAUCAAAGAAAUGUAUUGCCGAGCCUUCGCGCGCGCACAGGGUUCCCAAUAUUCGAAAAUAAAACCUUCCGAAUAACCCCAAAUGAGAUCUGGCUAGCAGGUUAAAAAAUGUACAGACUUUUAUUAAUUCUGUGUUAUUACAUAUUACGUAUUUUGAUUAUAGGUUAUCUAAAAAAUCAAGUUAGUUCCGACGUUAAGAGUAGAAGUUUUCGAGCUGGCCUCCAUAGUUAAAUACAAGACAUACUUGAGUACAAAAAAAAAAAAGAAUACAUAACCAGUAGGGGCGUGGAUGUGCUUCCCAAUAUUUCCUUUCAAGGCCUGCUACGGCACUUAAGAAAGCUUUCUUUCUUAAAGCAUACCCGCUGCACAUCCUGAAAUGUUCACUAUACUAGGCACGUUAUUGGUUUGUUUAGAAUUGACUCAGUGAUGGUACUUGCAGAUUUUUCAUAAAGAAAAACAUUUUAUUCUUAUAUCUCCUUUGUUGUGUAUUGCCUAAUAUGGGCAUAUAUGUCAAUUGUCAAUUAGAAUUGAAAUAUUAUGUUAUUAUUUUGGAGAAUAAAUAUCAUCCCGAUGGCGAUCAAGUGUAAGAAUAUGAAUAAAAACGCCUAAAACGUUUU